UUUUUAGACUUAUGGGUAGACGGCGAAGUGGUCGAAAGAAUGCGAAAUCGAGAGAACAUCUUCUCAAGGACCAGAAUGCGAAUAUUCCUGUAGUACCCGACACUUGUAGCGAAGAGAUGCACGUGGACAACACGCAAUCAAGCGCCACCUCCGAUUCGUCGUGUACUCUCAUAGAGUCUACAGAAGAUAAUUAUCUAAGCAGAUGCAGCCAUCUCGACUGUUUGGGCCGUUUAUCACGUGAAAAGAUCCGUUCAGCUUCCUCACUGUCAAAUUGCUGCCUGUGUGCUCGUCGUGAUAUGAAAGUGGCUGCACGAUGGCUAUGCCUUCACAAUGAUUGUCUUUCCAAUGUUAACAUGACAGUUUUAUGCGGUUCCAAACCAGGCGAGCAAUGUCACGCCACUGCGCAUUACGAGGCAAGUCCAGCACAUUGCAUUCUUUGGAACUUGAGGAAUAGCCGUUUAUACUGCAUGCGGUGUGCAGCUGAAGUGUACAAGGAUGCAAAUUAUCCUCCUCUUGAUGCUGAGGUCCGACAAGCAUUGAUGCCUCUGAAAAGGACACGUCAUCAAUCCUCGAAUGCGCCAUCUCAGGAGGUGAUUGCCAAUAAGAAGGAGAUACCGCGCCGUAGACCAGAACCAGUCAAAACUCGUGGAAGAUGCAUAGAGAGCUUUGCGGUUGUGAAUCGGCCGUUGGCCAAGGACAUGGAGGAUGGCUUUGAUUUUGAUUUCCCAAAAGGAUUAACUGGGCUGUACAAUCUCGGCAAUACAUGCUACUUUAAUGCGGCUAUUCAAGUGUUAUCGAACUGCCCUCCGUUUUCGGAUUAUUUCCGAGAUAAGGGUGAUCUUCGUCCUUACGCAACUAGAGAACCUUUGGUGUCAAACACGAUGGCUUUGCUUAUCCAGAAGUUAUGGAGCGCGCAGCGGGAGCCUGCCGUGUUCCCCAAGGCCUUGUUGACCCGUGUGCGAGACAAUUUUCCCCAGUUCCGUGGAUGGAAUCAACAAGAUGCUCAGGAACUUAUACGCUGUCUUCUUGAACUUAUUCACAGUGAGCUCGGUCAACCUGUAUACCCGCAUGAAGACUACUCUGCAUUUGCACCCAAAACUUUGGAACGGCACAGCUCAGCCAGUUCAAACAGCAGCGAUCAAUUCGAAACAGCAGACAGCGGCUGGAGUUCAGAUGGAGACACCACAUGCACUUCCACAGACUCUCAUGGGAGCUGUUCAGAAAAAACUGAGAAAUCCAAAACAGCCAAUGUACCAGUGCGGUGGCGGUCGAUUGUUACGGAUGUUUUCGAUGGAUCCAUUGAAAGCAGCGUCACUUGCCUUACAUGCAAAACUGUGUCAACAACUACGGAGACUUUCCAAGAUCUGUCCCUACCAAUUCCAUCGUCCGAGCACUUGUCACGAAUAAGGCAACGCACUCCGAGUGAAGCGGAUGAAGAAGGCGGCUUGAAUAGCGACUCAAAUGGAGGAUACGGGUGGAUCCCGUGGUUUUCAUGGCUGCGUUCCUUCAGCAGCGUUUUCGUAACUCCGUCUGUCUCAUUAGAGGACUGCUUGUCUGCUUUUUUCUCCCCAGAUCGGUUGGUUGGCGACGAUAUGUACUCUUGCGAUCGAUGUAAGAAGCUGAGAAAUGGUGUGAAAACCUGUCGUAUAAGUCGACUUCCCGAAGUGUUGUGUAUUCACAUCAAGCGUUUCAGACACGACUCUUACUGCAGCUCAAAGGUGUCUACCCGAGUUUCGUUCCCGCUUGUUGAACUAGAUCUAUCGCCUUUUUCCUCAACGUCCGAAAAAGUUCCUCUUUACGAUUUGACUGGUUUUAUUACUCACGAAGGAAGCGGAGCUGACAGUGGCCAUUAUCUAGCAUAUUGUCGAAAUGAAGUGGACGGUAACUGGUACGAGUAUGAUGACAGCACUUUAACGAAGCUUGACUCAGCUCAUGUGCUCACAAAGGAAGCGUACGUACUCUUGUAUCAGAAACGACCAACGCCUUCUGUUGAAGCUGCCCGAAAUAAAACCAUGGAGAUGAUAUCCGCAGAACAGAUUGUGAAGGCACCAUCAAAGAGCCAGCUUUACAUAUCAUCCGAAUGGUUGCUAAAGCUUAGCACCUUCUCGGAUCCUGGACCGGUGACAAACUACUCAUUCCUUUGUCGUCAUGGUCAUCUACUACCACGUCGAGUUGAUCACAUCUCCAAUCUAUGCACUCCCGUUCCGGCAGUACUUGGACACUAUUUGCUCAACAAAUUUGGAGGAGGCCCUGCUGUGAGCGAACUGCACUACUGUCUAGUUUGUGACAAACACUGGCGCUGGCUUCAAGAGAAAAGAGCAGUAGAGCAGACGAGAUUCCGACAGCUUGAAGAAGCAGUUCGAGCCACGUUGUUUGUCGGAGCUGUUGAUGCACUUUACUCGGGACAUUUGCCACCAUCGCUAAUCAAUCGGACGUGGUUCCAAAAUUGGGAAAAAUUCAUCAGUCAGCCCUGUAGUGAGCCCCCUGGACCCAUUGACAAUACCGUUUUGUUAUACAAAGCUGCUGAUGGGACCGAUCGACUGAAGCCGCGAUCCAAUUUCAUGCGCAUUGAGAGAGAACUUUAUCUGUUCUUGAAAACAAUAUAUGGAGGUGGUCCUGAGGUUUUCCUCACUGAUCAGCCACAGUGGAGUGAAGCAGAGCUUCGAGACGUGCUCGCUUCCAUAGAAGAAAAGCUAUGGGCGGCGAAUGCAAGAUUGAAGAAGCAGGUCACAAGCAGUUUGUAGCUUCGUCCACAAUCCAGCGCAUUCAUACUUUCUUUCUAAAUCCUCAUCCCUUGAUUUUUACUUCGACACCCGUACACAAGGGUCAUUCACUACCUCGUAUAACUUGUGUGUGUCCUACCUUUUCUAUCGGUUGUUUUAGUCAUUUCUACACAAGCGGAGUCAGCGCUAGUCAAAUCACAUAGAGACUCCCCUUUAUUGCGUACAAGCCAUAAGCUUGCGUGCUGUUGUGUUUUAAUGAUGUUUUAUGUUUGACGCAAAUAUUUCGGGUUAUCUGUAGUGAUUUUGAAUUGCUUCCUAAUGUUCACAUUAUUUAUUGAAAAGGGGUAUCUGUGCGAAAUUCGCUAGUGAUUUUAAUCGUUUUAUGGUUUUAUGUGACAAAUCUCCUUUUGGUAUUCGAUGCGCUAACUUUAACUAAUCGAGUUCUUUGUUCCUUCAUGUAGUUUGCCGUGCGUGUGGUGUAGGUGUGUUGAGCAGAUUGGGUGGUACCAUUUUGUCUCACUCGUUCACGAUUGUUGUCGUUGAGCAGCUAACUCUACUUAACUGAUGUUUCUGCAUUCUUUAAUGCGAAAUCAAGUGUUUCAGGCAGACUUUUUAUUUACAGCUUCGGUGUUUUAUGUUGAGUCAUUCCGAACGACCUUUGUACGAAAUGUCUGCACGAGAUUUGUCAAGAAUUUUAUGCAACGUCUCAACAUAUACUUUCACAUGAUGAUAUGUCAAAUACAGGUGUUUUGGAUAUUUAUGUCUUGUGUUUUUGCGUCUAGAAACAUUAGUGGUUCAAAAAGUGUGGCUUGUUUCUUGUUCUUUUCUUCGAAUUGCGGGACGCAUGCCCUUUUGAAUGUGCCAAAUUCCUCCCCAAUGUUUGGUGAGGCUACAGCUCUUUCUUUUGUAACUCAAUAACAUUCAAGGCAGUGAUUAUGCCACACUGUUGGCUUCAUUCGGCGUUUGA